AUGCUGGGUUGCGGUGUGAGGCGACAGAGUGGAAAACACAGACUCAACCUGGGCAGCGCAGCCCCGCGGGCGUUUGUCAUUUGGAGGCGCUCCAAGCGACAGGUGGCUGCUGUGGUCCACUGCUCCCCCUGCACCUCGUCCAGCUGUCUGAAGUUUAGUGAAUGGAAGGUUUGGGUGUUCCAGGACCUUCAGGAUCCAAGGGUCUUCCAGGUGAUAAAGGUCCUACAGGUCCUCCGGGACCCUAUGGUUCAUCCCAGCCCGGCCCACCAGGACCCCGGGGCCCUCCAGGAGCCCAAGGACCACCAGGGGGGCUGGGUCCUAAGGGUACAUCUGGACCGGACUGUAAAGCUCCGAUCCCGGGGCCUCGAGGAGAACCAGGGUGUGCCGGGACAGAUGGAGAGCCAGGAUGUGCUGGUGAGACUGGGGAACCAGGUGAGAACACUCCGGUGCCUGGAGAUGACGGAGAGAACGGGGACACAGGCUGCCCGGGGCCAAAGGGCCAAAAGGGAUCUCAGGGGCCCCCAGGACAGUCAGGGCUCUGUGGGAAUCCAGGAGACAAAGGUGCUUGUGUUUGCCUGGGAGAACAGGCUGAAUCUCAUUUACAGUCCGAGGGGUCACUUAUUGACUGAAUCAACCCCCCUGCCAGGGCCCAGACGGAAUGGAGGCUUAACAAGAUUACUGUUAUAUAUAGCAGCGGUAAUGGGAACCUCUCUGGAGAUUCUGGCGCUGCUGAUUUGUGCCCUGCUACUCAGAUUUGAGCAGAAACGGCUAGCAUUCUGCACACAGCCUCUCACCGCUGGGAAACUCCUGAUGCAUUACGGCUGCAACGGAUCAAUCAAUCUGCCCACUGCCCGCUCUCCCAUCCCUCCACCUGCUGCCUGCCAGGACAGUGAUUCCUCAGAGGACUGUGCCUCGAGCUGUACUGUCUGCGCCUGUGUUGCCCAUGCAUGCCUAUCCACCUCUACCAACACUUAG